AUGCCAAUCAUACAAUCGUGCUGUUGUUGGCGAAGCCUUCGCAAGGGCUGCUACGCUUCAGCCCUCUACACAAUGGCCUACUUUGCAGUCACCAUAGUGACAAUGUGUCACUUCAUUGACGUGGAGCGUCGGUACCUCACCGGCGCCAUGAGCGAGCCCGAGUCGGAGAGCUUUUUAGAACCCGAAAAGAUAACACCUAUAACCGUGACUCUGAACAUCACAUUGCUGGCUUGCAGUAUAAUGGGGCUCAUCUCUUGCAUUCUGCUCAUAGUUGGCGUAUAUAAGGACAUAAAAUUUAUGCUGCUACCGUGGAUCUUCUCUAUGGCCCUGGAGACUCUGGUGGAAGUCGUCAACUUUAUCUACCUGUUCUACUUGCAGACACUCAAUUUCAAUCCAAUAAUAUCGUUUUUAUUCACACUGGACUUUUUCAUCAUCAUGCUGAACAUCUACGCCAUGGUGUGCGUGAUUUCGCAACUGCAAGAAUAUUUUGAAGGGCGUGGGACGGUUGCUUUUGACAAUUCUGAUAGGCUGGCAGUAGUGCAAUAUACUGCAGCAGCCCAGCAUACUACUACCACGAGCUCAGCACCGAGUGGCCGCCGACGUUCAACCGCAAGACCUCUACCAAGCCGUUGCGACCCUGAGGAGUUCUCCGAAGCACCGACCAGAGCUAUGCGUAAUCUAUCGAAGUCAUCCCGUUCAGCCGUAAAGAAGCACGUGAAGUUCCCAGAUGAAAGCUGCAUCGAGGAGGGCACUGAGAUGCCUGAGCGUUCGACACAAACGAAUUCUCCGGUGAUGAGUUCGCUGUGGAUGGAGUUGGAGUCGGAUCAGCAGGUGCCGGAACGCUGA